GGUAUUUUUAUCUCAAAUUAACAGUUGACCUUACUAGAGCAAAAGAUAGUAAUUUGAGUUACUGGAUAUGACUCAAAUUUGAGUAGCUAGAUACAAACCAAGGUUCGCUAAAAUCUAAAACUUGGGCUUUUCCAACUAGUACAUCAUACUGUUCUAGAUUUGAAAGUUAUAUUUUAUUUCAUUGCUUCUGGCUUAAUGUAGUCAAAACAGUUGAGACUGUUUUGAACUUUGAUUCUGACAUCUAUCAAAUUAAUUAUCCCUCCAAACUUCGGGUCACCCAAGAGGGACAUCAGUUUUGCUGAGCUAGGGGAAAAAGAUGGAGGAAGGAUGUUUUAAAGUAGAAAAGAGCAGCAGGUGGCCUUGACCUGUGAGGUAGGAGACAAGGUUAUCUGCGCAAAGUAAAUGCAAUCUGGAUGUUAAGUGGACAUAGAAGUCGAUGGAAUAAAUUUGCUGCUAAAAAUGAUCGUGUAGGCAGGUGGAGAGUAAAGAAUAGAAAGGAGUUAAGAACCAGGAAUGGAGGCAGUGAGAAGAGGGAGGGUGGUGUGGGUGGGCCAAAUACUGCUAUUAAGGAAAAACAGAGGGUGGAGGAAACAAACAAUAAAGGGAAGGUUGACCCACUCAGCCCUUCUAUUCAGCUGGAGGAAGUCACAGAAAAGGAGGCCAUAUUGAAUGGUAAGAUUGGAGAAGACUGGUUAGGGAAUAGGAAGCUUAAGUUGUUGUCUAAAAACGCAGUUUCCAGUAAAAGGAAGAAAUUGGGACUUUUUUUUUAAAACCCGCAUAUGUACACUGGAAAACAUGGGCCACAGGGAUAAACCUUCCAUUUUUAUUUCCAACCUUACCAUGUGCUCACACAAAAAAAAGCGUUAAAUACAUCUAAGUUUUGACGAGGUUAUUCAAAAGUGUAGGAUGUAAACCAAGAAUUGUUCACACCCCAACAUCCCGCACAAAUUAAGGGAUUACAUACCUGAGUGACAAGUACAUACAAAUGCAUUACUUCUAGAGAGACUCAGAUGUGGAUAAAAGACCACAUUUCAAUAGAGGGGAUCACAUACACCGGUGGGAUGUUUCUUCAGAGACAAACCCACGUUACGCAGGAAACAGUGUGGACUCUGGCGACGGCCCUCUGCUCUGGCUGAGGAUUUCUGUCCCAGAGUGGUACAGGAAUCUGUGUAGUGUUUUCGUUUGGAGAAAACAGGAAGUUCCGCUCAUUACAUCUUUUGCCCAGAUGAUAGAGUUCGAAAUCCCCCCGGGGUUGUUCAUGGAAUGAGCCGCUCUGUUAUGCUGUGAGCCGUGGUAUUAAUCAGCCACCCCUCACUAGAUGUGGGGGUUCCACCACUCUUCCUCCACCCGUCACCACAGCAGCGGAUAGGAUCUAGGUUCAAUAUUCCAAAUAGUCAAUUAUGACAGUUAAUUUCAAAUGAGACGACUUCGAACUACACGUGAAAACAAUACUACUUUAUAUCACGACUCAUGCCAUCCGUGUAUGUAAUCAAAGCCUUCUAAGCCUUGAUUUGUCCUUACAAAGACGAAGGGUAGAGUGAAUGUCAAAAUUUGCCAAACAGGAGUUAGUGAAAGUCUGAAAGGGAAAGCCUAGUUAGGUUUUAUCUUAGAAGUGAUUUUUAAAAAGAGACACGCAGAUAGGCUCGAGCUUUCUGGAGCCGAUUCCUAAGGCCUUGCAGGUGUUAAGGGGAUCGAGAAUUGGCUGCAGGUUCCUCGGAAGUCUGCGCCGAUUCGGAGGGCCACCUGGCCACCUCUGACUUUCUGAUCUAGGGUGCAUCCCCCAGUCCCGGUCGACAAAGGUUUGCCUGCAAUGAGAUUUCAUUCUCUACAUUUAAAGGACAUCCUUUCUGAGCUGCUGUGAAUAAAUUUGGAAUGGUACUGUAUAUUUUCAUCUAAUGGAGAACUAGCUGUACUUUGAAUAAGGAUUGCUGCACUGGACGACUUUAGAACAUCCCUCACAAUGUCGUCAACCCGGAGCCAGAACCCCCACGGCCUGAAGCAGAUUGGCCUGGACCAGAUCUGGGACGACCUCAGAGCCGGCAUCCAGCAGGUGUACACGCGGCAGAGCAUGGCCAAGUCCAGAUAUAUGGAGCUCUACACUCAUGUUUAUAACUACUGUACUAGUGUUCACCAGUCAAACCAAGCACGAGGAGCUGGAGUUCCUCCUUCUAAGUCGAAAAAGGGGCAGACACCUGGAGGAGCUCAGUUUGUUGGCCUGGAAUUAUAUAAACGACUUAAGGAAUUUUUGAAGAAUUACUUGACAAAUCUUCUUAAGGAUGGAGAAGAUUUGAUGGAUGAGAGUGUACUGAAAUUCUACACUCAACAAUGGGAAGAUUAUCGAUUUUCAAGCAAAGUACUGAAUGGAAUUUGUGCCUACCUCAAUAGACAUUGGGUUCGCCGUGAAUGUGACGAAGGACGAAAAGGAAUAUAUGAAAUCUAUUCACUUGCAUUGGUGACUUGGAGAGACUGUCUGUUCAGGCCACUGAAUAAACAGGUAACAAAUGCUGUUUUAAAGCUGAUUGAAAAGGAAAGGAAUGGUGAAACCAUCAAUACAAGAUUGAUUAGUGGAGUUGUACAGUCUUACGUGGAAUUGGGGCUGAAUGAAGAUGAUGCAUUUGCAAAGGGCCCUACGUUAACAGUGUAUAAAGAAUCCUUUGAAUCUCAAUUUUUGGCUGACACAGAGAGAUUUUAUACCAGAGAGAGUACUGAAUUCUUGCAGCAGAACCCAGUUACUGAAUAUAUGAAAAAGGCAGAGGCUCGUCUGCUUGAGGAACAACGAAGAGUUCAGGUUUACCUUCAUGAAAGCACACAAGAUGAAUUAGCAAGGAAAUGUGAACAAGUCCUCAUUGAAAAACACUUGGAAAUUUUCCACACAGAAUUUCAGAAUUUAUUGGAUGCUGACAAAAAUGAAGAUUUGGGACGCAUGUAUAAUCUUGUAUCUAGAAUCCAGGAUGGCCUAGGAGAAUUGAAAAAACUGUUGGAGACACACAUUCAUAAUCAGGGUCUUGCAGCCAUUGAAAAGUGUGGAGAAGCCGCUUUAAAUGACCCCAAAAUGUAUGUACAGACAGUGCUUGAUGUUCAUAAAAAAUACAAUGCCCUGGUAAUGUCUGCAUUCAACAAUGACGCUGGCUUUGUGGCUGCUCUCGAUAAGGCUUGUGGUCGCUUCAUAAACAACAAUGCAGUUACCAAGAUGGCCCAGUCAUCCAGUAAAUCCCCUGAGUUGCUGGCUCGAUACUGUGACUCCUUGUUGAAGAAAAGUUCCAAGAACCCAGAGGAGGCAGAACUAGAGGACACACUCAAUCAAGUGAUGGUUGUCUUCAAGUACAUAGAAGACAAAGACGUAUUUCAGAAGUUCUACGCGAAGAUGCUCGCCAAGAGGCUCGUCCAUCAGAAUAGCGCGAGUGACGAUGCCGAAGCCAGCAUGAUCUCCAAGUUAAAGCAAGCUUGCGGGUUCGAGUACACCUCUAAACUUCAGCGCAUGUUUCAAGAUAUUGGCGUGAGCAAAGAUCUGAACGAGCAGUUCAAAAAGCACUUGACAAAUUCUGAACCCCUAGACUUGGACUUCAGCAUUCAAGUGCUGAGCUCCGGGUCCUGGCCCUUCCAGCAGUCUUGUACGUUCGCCUUGCCGUCAGAGUUGGAACGUAGUUAUCAGCGAUUCACAGCUUUCUACGCCAGCCGCCACAGUGGCCGAAAAUUGACGUGGUUAUAUCAGUUGUCUAAAGGAGAAUUGGUAACUAACUGCUUCAAAAACAGAUAUACUUUGCAGGCAUCUACAUUCCAGAUGGCCAUCCUGCUUCAGUACAACACGGAAGAUGCCUAUACCGUGCAGCAGCUGACCGACAGCACUCAGAUUAAAAUGGACAUUUUGGCGCAAGUCCUACAGAUUUUAUUAAAGUCGAAGUUACUGGUCUUGGAAGAUGAAAAUGCAAAUGUUGAUGAAGUGGAAUUGAAGCCAGAUACCUUAAUAAAAUUAUAUCUUGGUUAUAAAAAUAAGAAAUUAAGGGUUAACAUCAAUGUGCCAAUGAAAACCGAACAGAAGCAGGAACAAGAAACCACACACAAAAAUAUCGAGGAAGACCGCAAACUACUGAUUCAGGCGGCCAUCGUGAGAAUCAUGAAGAUGAGGAAGGUUCUGAAACACCAGCAGUUACUUGGCGAGGUCCUCACUCAGCUGUCCUCCAGGUUCAAACCUCGGGUCCCUGUGAUCAAGAAAUGCAUUGACAUUCUAAUUGAGAAAGAAUAUUUGGAGCGAGUUGAUGGCGAAAAGGACACCUACAGUUACUUGGCUUAACCCUUCUGGAAGGGUCUGACUGUGUGACCCGCGGCAAAUAGUUCAUGUUGGAAAGAAUGAAAACAACUCAAGUUCAUAGCAGCCAGCCUGCCGCCAUUGGACCUCCCUUUUUAAAACUGAGACCAAGACUCCCAUCAGCUGGUCUCGGAUUUACAUCGGAACUGCUCAGGAUUGAUACAUUUCAAGUCUGUAAAUACGGACACCAACGCCAUUUACCCUAAUUUAAGAACAGCGGGGACUGACCCUCCAUGCCGAGGGCUGCAUGCUACCGCAUCUACGUCAAUACAUGGGCUCCCCGAUUCGCAGCUGUCGCCUUGGCAGCACUUGUCACGUUGGCAGCACUUUGAGAGCAAGUGUGAAUGGACCCACAUGUAAUCUGCUAUGAAAACCAUUUGUAUAGUGUGUUUCAUUUUUUAAUGUGUGAAAAUAAAGAAAAUUAAAGGAUUUCUGUACAAGUCGCAUUUGGUUUUGUUUUAAGUUUUACUAAUUUCUAUAUGUAAAUAAAAGAUAUAAUGAUUGUGCAAA